AUGGAUUCCGUUCUUGUCACGGCUGCAGACUUCAACGAGGACAAGUACAAACUGUUGCAGCUGAACCCCGAGAUCGAGCGAGCUGUCACAACUGGUUCCAAGGUGGUGAUCGUAGGGGCACCAGAUGCUCGAGCGGUUUUGUGCACGGCGGAUCAAUCGUACUAUAUCACAAAGGAGGACACUUCGAAUUUACGUCUUCUCACGACCCACACAGACUGGAGUGGACCAGAGCAGACAACGGACAAGAGGACGAUUCAAGUAGCGGGAGCUGCUCGAUUCCAUUACCUGCUUGAGCACAAGGCUCCUGAUGCGACACUGCUGCGGGCUCUGUUGCUGGAAGCACCGUAUGACAAGCCUCGGCGUGAUGCUGCUGCGUCUGAAGCGAAGCGCACAAAGUUGCACACGCUGUACACGACGGGAGACUUGGUGGAUGCGUUGCAAGUGAGCGAGCAGGAGGUGCUGACGAUGCUGGACGAGAUACACGCUUUUGAAGAAGCAGGUACAUGGCGUAUCUUGAAACCGGCGUACCAGGCUCAAGUAGUUGCAGAUAUGCUGGAUACCAUCGUGCAACACGACUUGGACGCGUUGUCGGAGCCAGGGGUACCUGUGGCAUGGUUCCUGACUCAGCUGGACGAGCCGUGGGUGGUCAUCCGUCAAUGUUGUAAGCUGUACGGUCGGCUGACGUCGAUGAAUGGAGAGGAUCGUUGCACGUUGGACCCAGUAAAGGUUGCUGUAUUCCGAGCCAAGUCGCUGUUCGACGAGCAGAUAGAAGAGGCAAAGUUCCAGGCUGCGCAGGAGCACGUGGCGUUGACUGCCACGGACGUGGGCUGGGAAGUGGACUCGUUUAUGGAAAAGUGGAAGCUUCGUGUGCCUGAUAGCGUGUCCGUGACUCUGGAUAUGCUUAGCGGCCUUGUACUGGUGAAACCUCACUCGACAGGGAAGGCAUCUCGAAUUGUGUACUUUCCUGAAGAGGAGCUGUCGCCUGAACCCAAGAAGCGCUUCGAGCAGCUGUUUGAGAUGCAGGAGAAGUGGACAAUCAAGCAGCUCGAGCCGUUUAUCAAGUCUUUGAUUACGCCUAGCACGACACAAGCAUCGUUGCUGCUCAAGCACACGCGCUCCACGCGUCAGUGCGGAUCGACCGAGAAGCUAUAUAGCCGACGCUGA